CGCUGUGAGUGUGACGUGUCAGGCACCCAGAACGCCACGCGGGAGGCUUUCGAGCCGCGGUCCGGCUACUGAUGCAGCCGCGUCGAUUAAACAAGAUAAGGCUUCAGAGCAAACGCGGAGUUCUGCAGCUUACAAGGGUGUCCCCAGUCACUUCAGUGGAGCAGCCUUCCCCAUUCAUGAAAAUGGAGAAGACUGCAUGUGGAGGAGCUCUUUGUGGAUGUCAGUGCAUGUGGUGGUCUGCACUGGAGUAUUUCUAAGUGUGCAAGAUGUGAGGAGGAAGAUAACAGGGUAAUAAACUUCUUAAAUGGUAUCACCAAUAGAACAACACCUCGCAGAUUCUCCUUGCAUCUGCUUGCAAUGUCCAUGAUCCUGUCAGCCUCAGUGGUCCGUGUAAGAGAUGGACUCCCUCUAUCAGCCUCUACUGAUUAUGAGCAAAGUGUUGGCGUGCAGGAGUGCAGAAAGUACUUCAAAACACUCUCAAAGAGACUUGCUCAGCUUCCAGAUAGAUGCACCCUGCAAGCAGGAAAGUAUAACAUAAAUUUUAUUAGUUCCCUGGGAGUGAGUUACAUGAUGCUCUGCACUGAAAAUUACCCCAGCGUCCUGGCCUUCUGCUACCUAGAUGAGCUUCAAAAGGAGUUCAUCUCCACAUACAACAUGAUGAAGACAAAUACAGCCGUUAGACCUUACUGUUUCAUCGAGUUUGAUAAUUUCAUUCAGAGGACCAAGCAAAGAUAUAAUAACCCAAGAUCUCUGUCAACAAAAGUAAACCUUACUGAUAUGCAGACAGAAAUCAGGCUGAGGCCACCUUAUCAAAUUUCUUUGUCUGAAUUGGGUUCAGCCAAUGGAUAUCCACAUAUAUCUCUUCCAGAAUACAAAGGUACUGGGAAAAUAUCUACAGCCCCUCACCAACGGCUGGAACCUGUGACGCUGUCGGGGAUUGUUUCCUUUGUACUCAGCCUUUUAUGUGGCGCUUUGAAUUUAAUUCGUGGUUUUCAUGCUAUAGAGAGUCUUGUGCAGAAUGUGGGAGAAGACUUUAGUUACGUUAUUGCCUUUUUCCUUGGCACAGCAGCCUGUUUAUAUCAGUGCUACCUGUUUGUAUAUUGCACGGGCUGGCGGAACAUCAAGUCCUUCCUAACAUUUGGCUUAAUCUGCCUAUGCAACAUGUAUCUCUAUGAACUGCGCAACCUCUGGCAGAUCUUUUUCCAUGUGACUGUGGGUGCUUUUACAACGUUACAAAUCCGUCUGAGGCAACCACAAGGGAAGUGCCCCGAUUACAAUGUGUGAUGGUUGUCUUCUGAUAGGCUCAAGGCAAAUAUGAUCCAAGCAGUAUUCCUCUCAGGAACGAAAAGCUGUUCUGCAGGAGAGAAGUUAUGCAGGAGAGAAGUUAUACUCUAAAGCAUUAAUGACUUCAUAGUGAAAUUCUUUCUCAAAGAAGAGCUAAACCAAGAUUUGGGAACUAAUUGAGCUAGAAAUGAACUCCCCAUGCUUGAGAAUGUGCCCCAAGGACAACUGAGAGGUUUGGAGGGUAGCAGGGAAAACUCCACAUUCAGCACUAUGAAAAUAGCAAGGCUCUGUAUUGGACGUCUCCAUAUUACAUGAUUUCUCCAGUCCCAAACCAGUUUUGCCUUUGUGAGGCACUAGAAAAGGCUGAAAUAAAAGGAUGGCAUUGCAUAUUAA